AUGGCGCACUCAUCGACCUCUCGCUCUCCCGCCGCCACCGUCUCUUCGCUUUCCUCGCAGUCCGAAGACGUCAAACACCAUAUCCUGUCUUACCUCCCGCCCAAUUCUAAGGUGCUCGCCGCAGCGCCCGCACGGAUCUAUCACUCCGCGUUUGGCGCACGCCCGGACUCAUGGACGUUCACGGGCCUACGCGGCACGUUGGUGUUUGGCCGGAAUCGUGCUAGCGCCUACCCCAUGCAAGGGGCCGAUGCUGAGCAGAAUUACUGGUUCCGCCUCAUCGACGCGGACUCGGGGAAAGGCAUCGUCUGGUUCCACCAGAUUCCCCUGAACCUCGACUACCAAGCAGACAAGCCGUUCUUCCACAUCUUCUCGGGCUGCUCCAGAAUGUUCGGAUUCCGCUUCGACGAAGACUCGGACGCGGAGAAGUUCCUCAGGCGUAUCACAGCCCGCGUCCAGAUCACAGCCCCGCGCCCGCCUAGGUCCAGGCCCAACAAGUCUGUCUCCCGGGCCCCAUCCCCUGUGCCAACCACACCCGUGUCCGCGACCCGCCGUGUCUCCCCCUCGAUGAUCUCUGCGCCCGCCCCAGGCACCUUCGUCCAUGUCGCGCAUGUCGGCGUGGACGAUGACGGGCGGAUCGAGGCCACCCCGAACGUCGAGCCAGGCUGGACGAUGAUCCUUGAGGAGUUGCAGGGGUACGGCGUGAGCGAGAAGAUGGCCGCCCAGGACCUUGACUUCGUCGAGGGCUUCCUCGCAGGCGCGAAGGCGAACCUCGUGCACGAGCUGGAGGCUACCACCGUCGCCGCAGCCGCAACGCUCUCACGUACGCCCACUGGUAUGUCCGCGCUGCUCUGCAACGGUCGUGCGGCGGGCGCUCAUGCCUUUACGGAUGCGCCUUCUGCAGCGGGCGCGCGGAAGGGGCGCUUCAUCCAGCGGAAGAGGGUGCCGGUCCCCCGAGUGUGA